UUGUGUACUUUGCGAGGAGCCGCUGUGCUCCACCAUUUCGCUGCGCUAAGUCUCCUCCCCGCGACCGCUACAUUCUGCGACGAAAGACACUCUCUCCCGGUCCGUAAUUUAACUUCUUCAUCGAGGCCGAGCGCUACCUCGUUGGGUACCGGGAGGGAGUUUGGACCGCCAGCAUCACGGAUUGAGUGCGAUUUUACACGGAUGACGACUCCUUCAACGAGAAUUUAGUAAAAGAAAACUGGUCGGAAAAUUCAGAACAUGUGGAGGGGACCCUAAUUUCAGCAUCCUGGAAGUAGAAAGCACAGAGGAUCUGUGUCUCACUCCACAGACAGGUGCAACGUGUGGAAACAGCGAGGAAGGAGGCUGUGGGGAGGCGGCGCUGCGGCAGCGAGCCUCUCCGGCUGUGGAUGUGCUGGGUGGCAAGCCCCAGGCCGCACACAAUGUGUCUGGGGAGUCACCUCGGCAUGUCCCGCAGCCGGCCGCCGCUGCCCCCCGCCCGCUCCGUCCCUUGCCAGAGAGUGUCCACUCGGCAUUCCCGGUCAUGGAGACUGCUUCUUCCCUGCAAAUUAGCAGCAAUGCUAACAUCUGUGUCUCGCAUGGUGAGCGCAUUCCUAGGAUCGAUGGCGUCAACUCGUCCAACACUGAGGACUUUAGACAGCCACAAAACGCCAGCGAGUUCCGAGGAUUGCAACGUGGCUCUCUUAUUGUUUCUAAAGAGACAAACCUCUCCAAUAGCGAAAAGUGUCAUAUUCAGUCCCCGCAAGGAGGCGCUGUACUUGUGGUUGGUCGGCAACAGAGUUUGGAGUGCAACUCUGGAACUGAAACAAACUUGGAAUUCACCGGUGAUACAGUUGCACCACAAACUGGGAUUGACUUCACCGCAUCAUCCGUCUCAAACUCAACAGAACACGGAGCUCCGCAAAAGUCCGAUCGAGCGUUGUCUGCAUCCGCGACAAGGAACUGCAGUGAACAAAUUAACCUGCCGCGAGCCCUCAAAGAGGUCCGACAGGAUGCUGUGGACGUUAAUGAGAUUGAGGACGCCUCAAACGAAACGAUUCCUCUCUCGGCUGAAACACUUGAGAUUUCAAACGCAGGAGGGCCUGGAUCCGGUUCUUCACAUACACCGGUGUUGUUGAACAGCACCGCGCACGCACAGACCGGCUGCAUAGUUGAGGAUUCUAGUAACGCUUCCCCCAAGUCCUCCACUCCUUUCUCUGUGCUCGAUUCGGGCCUACUUGUGUCCUUGCAGGCAGAGUCAGAACCAUCUCAACCAUUAACGGAGACUCCCGUGAUUUCUGAACUGGUGCAUUCUGCUGACUCACAGGAAAUCGUAGUGGUCAGCGAGGCUGCGCAUCUCGGGGGCGGUUGGUCAAAUGUGCACCUUAAGCAGAGUUACCUCCUUCAGCGCGCCGACGGUAGUGUGUGCGAGGCCGCCAUCGUAACAGAGCACACGCAGGGCGAGGCCAAGUUAUACGAGGAGAGCGUGCAGGCCGAUAUGGAUUUGGACACGCAAAACGUGGAAGUGUACCAAUUCUGCAGCCUGGUAGAGGAGGUGGCUGAGGAAACUGUGUGCGUCAGUACCAGCGUACAGAUACCUCACUCUCCGGGAUAUGAGGUCAACCUGUUCAAUGCUUUGUUGGACUCCUCUGAGGACCUUGAAUCCCACCUAGAACCUACUAUCCACACUAUUACUGACACUGACACGGUCAUCAUUUCCCAGCAGGAACAUGAUGAAGUUCAAGAACAGGUUUGUUCCAACAACAAUGUCCACAGUCUCUCCGUAGCUACAGUAGGACAACAUCUGCUACUUGACACCAGCUCCAAUCAGGUUUGUUUGCUGGAGGUAGACUCGUUCCCCCUGGAGCAGACUUCGACACAAGUCUUGAGCGCUUGUCAGCAGGUAAGCGAAGACAGACUUGUAGUGGAGGGACACGCUGCUCUUUCCUCGCUCGUAUCGCCGGUAGAUACUGCUAAAUGCCAGCAGGCGGAAGUUUCCAACACCACGCUGGAGGCCUGUGUUUCCCCUUCUGAAGGAACCAAAGAACCUCCUUCUGAAGGUCCAUCCCAGCGUGCCUCUGUUUCCACAGGAGCCCAUCAGGAGGCUUUUAUCGCUCACACUGUUGGAGGUAAUAAUCCAAAGUUGCUGCUCAUCCAACCAGGAACAGCAUCCCUCUUGAAGCAAGCAACCUCAUUGCUCAAGCAGAACGCGGACUCAAAACCUGUCGUCAAUCAGAGCGCUCCGACGUCGGGCGAGUGCCUUGCUGUCGAUCCUUCACUCACAGCCAAGAGUGGUAGCUCAAAUGGGACUACGCCUACUGCUGGGCAGAUUGUGGCAGCUUCGCGUUGUAACCAAUCAGAGGCCUUAAACGUCGUUAGGACUUCAAACUCGACGCCUCGCACCUUUGAUGAAGAAAGCGCCGUCACGGGGUCUUCCUCCAGCGCCGUGGACUUGGCAGCACAGCACGACUCCCCCUUUGAGGAAGAAGACGAGGAGGAAGAGGAGGGGGAAGAAGAUGAACCGGAGGAGGAAGAAGAAGAGGAGGAGGAAGAAGAUGAACCCAUGGGGGACGCGGACCCCGCUUCAGGACAGGCCAGUGAAGAAGAUAACAGUGAAGAAGACGGCAGUGAAGACGAUGCAGAAACACCAGGAAAAAUGACAACUCCAAGCUCGUCACGCAAGUGGCUAACAGAUGGGGUGUCACCCUCCACCUCUUCCUCCUUCCUCGAACCAUCACCCGGUGGUGACUGGGCCGGCUCCCGCCUCGACAAGUCAUCACCUCUGCGGGGGUCUCAUGGCAAGUUUGUGUCCCCAACCUCGUUCGGGGGCUCCACUUCUUUGUCGUCGCCAUCCGAUCACUCUACGCCACAGCGGCAGCGUGGCGAGCGGCGUUCCGACAUGGCUGAGUUGGCCAAACACGAAGCCGAUAUAGAGAACCGAAGCCAAGCGCUGAAGCGAGAGGGAUUUUGGUCUACCAAGCGCCUCAACCGACUGACUGAGCCCCCGCGACCCAAAGUGCACUGGGACUACCUGUGCGAGGAGAUGCAGUGGCUUUCUGCCGACUUUGCCCAGGAGAGGCGUUGGAAGAGGGGAGUAGCCAGGAAGGUGGUUCGGAUGGUGAUGCGUCACCAUGAGGAAGUGAGACAAAAAGAGGAAAAGGCCAAGAGAGACGAACAGGCAAAAAUCAGGAGAGUCGCGUCAUCUAUUGCCAAGGAAGUCCGAGCUUUUUGGAGCAGCGUGGAGAAGGUGGUGCAGUACAAACAGCAGUCUCGGCUGGAAGAAAAGAGGAAAAAGGCUUUGGACCUCCAGCUGGAUUUUAUUGUCGGUCAGACGGAGAAAUACUCGGACCUUCUAAGCAAAUCUUUGGCGCCCGCUAGCCGGCCUGAAUUAGUCCCAUCUCCCUCCAAGACAUCUGGACCCUCCACAGCGGAUGAAGAAGAUAGAGACUUUGAGCCUCCAUGUGAGGAGGAGGAUGAUGAAGAGACCAUCGAGGUGGAAGAGCAGCAGGACGGCAAUGAUGCUGAGAGCCACCGAAGGGAGAUUGAACUGCUGAAGGAAGAGAGCAUGCUUCCCCUGGACCAGCUGCUCAGCACGCUACAACAGACGCAGGAGUCAGUCCCAGAUGAUGAAUGUGCCCAUGAAUCGUCAUCAUCAGAGGAGCAAGAAGAGGAAGAUGGAGAGUUUGCUGCCAAUGAAGAAGAUGCUGAAGAUGAAGAGGACACCAUCGCAGCCCAGGAGAAGGUGGAAGGAGAUGUGGAUCAUGCAGAAGAAUUGGAUGAUUUAGCCAAAGAGGGAGAUAUGACCAUGGAGGAGCUCCUGGAAAAGUAUAAAGGCGCGUACGCCUCUGACGCCGAGGAGCCCUCUGCCCCCGGCUCCAAGGUGAGCUCGGAAUGGGAGGCGUCCGGCGAUGAAGAGGAUGACAGUGACGAAGAGGACAGUGAUUUGGAAAGCAAUACUUCCUCCUCAGCCUCUCCAAGGGAAAGUGAUGAAGAGGAGAACAGUGAGAAGGAUGCGAGUGAAGAGGAUGACGGCGCAGAUGAAGGGAUGGAGGUGUUGCUCAAAGAGGGAGACCACAGUCCGUCCUCGUCCGGCUCGCGGCCAAAGAAAGAAAUCAGCCACAUUGCAGCCACUGCAGAGAGCCUGCAACCCAAAGGCUACACAUUGGCCACCACUAAGGUCAAAACACCCAUCCCGUUUCUGCUUCACGGCACCCUCCGAGAGUACCAGCACAUCGGGCUGGACUGGUUGGUCACCAUGUUUGAGAAAAAGCUCAACGGAAUCCUGGCUGACGAAAUGGGUUUGGGCAAGACCAUCCAAACAAUUGCGCUGCUAGCUCACCUUGCUUGCGAAAAAAAUAACUGGGGUCCUCAUCUGAUCAUCGUCCCUACCAGUGUGAUGUUAAACUGGGAGAUGGAGCUGAAGCGCUGGUGUCCUGGCUUUAAAAUCCUUACCUACUUUGGCAGCCAAAAGGAGAGGAAGCUGAAGAGACAGGGUUGGACCAAGCCCAACGCUUUCCACGUUUGCAUUACUUCCUACAAGCUGGUGCUGCAGGAUCACCAAGCCUUCCGGCGCAAGUCUUGGCGUUACCUGAUCCUGGACGAGGCUCAGAACAUUAAGAACUUCAAGUCGCAACGUUGGCAGAGUCUGCUGAACUUCAACAGCCACCGGCGUCUGCUGUUAACCGGAACCCCUCUGCAGAACAGCCUUAUGGAGCUGUGGUCACUGAUGCACUUUUUGAUGCCGCACGUCUUCCAGUCACAUCGAGAGUUCAAAGAAUGGUUCUCCAAUCCACUGACGGGCAUGAUUGAGGGCAGCCAGGAGUAUAACGAAGGCCUGGUCAAAAGGCUCCACAAGGUUCUCAGGCCCUUCCUACUCAGGAGGAUCAAGGCCGAUGUGGAGAAGCAGAUGCCCAAAAAAUACGAGCAUGUGGUGCGCUGUCGCCUCUCCAAGAGGCAGCGCUACCUCUACGAUGACUUCAUGGCGCAGGCCUCGACCAAAGAGACACUGGCCAGUGGGCACUUCAUGUCAGUCAUCAACAUCCUGAUGCAGCUUCGGAAAGUGUGCAACCACCCUAACCUGUUUGACCCUCGACCCAUCCAGUCACCAUUCAUCACAAAGCCAAUUGUUUUUCAUACUGCCUCCCUGGUGCUGGACGCCCUGGAGGUGUCUCCUAUGAAGCGCUGUGACCUUUCAAUGUUCGACCUUGUUGGUUUGGAAGGGCGCGUCACACGCUACCAGGCGGACGUCUUCAUACCAAACCGCAAGAUCAGCCGGCAGCUCAUUCAGGAGAUUGUUGAGUCUCCUGAACCGCUGCCAAGACCUCGAGCGAUCCGCAUGAAGGUCAACAGGAUGAUGCACCCGCCUCCUAAAGGUGACAACCGCUCAGUGGUUAACAAACCCACUUGCUCAGUGCCACCUGCCACUCAGACGUCCAAACCUCCGAGCCCAGAGGCCACAACGACGUCUGUGCCUACGCCCGUGCCUGCACAUGCACCCACACCUUCACCUGCACCCUCGCCUGCUGUUCAACAAGUUGUGUGUUCAGUGACAACCACACCCCCUCCUCGCACCGCUUUACCCCCUGGUGCUCAAACAGCCGUGAGAUCCAGCGUACCAAAGCAAGUACUGACUGUGCGCCCUCCCCCUGCUCCGUGCACCACUGGCAUUCCCGCUCAUCCACCCCCCAACCCCGGAAGCAUCAUGCCCCAAAGGGUUCUGCUGAGUCCAGACAUGCAAGCGAGACUCCCCUCUGGUGAGGUGGUGAGCAUAGCUCAGCUCGCCUCAUUGGCGGGGCGGCCGAUUUCAUCAUGUCAGGGGAGUAAACCAGUCACCUUCCAGCUGCAGGGUAACAAACUGACCCUCUCGGGAGCACCUAUACGCCCAGCACCGCCUCAACGUGCUGUUCAAGGUAACGUGAUGCACCUGUUGUCCACCGGGGGGCAGCAUCAUAUCAUCAGUCAGGCAGCCCAGGUGACAGUUCAGAGCCCGGCAGCAGGUCACAGACUACCUCCUGGUGCUUCAACUCAAGUGGCACCCUCCUCCGUGGUGAGCACUCCCGGGGUGGUGAAGAUCGUCGUGCGUCAGGCAGCAGGCAAGGAGGGGGGCCCUGUGCCCACCCUGGCCGUGGCCCCGUCCCCUCGUGUGGCGUCCUCGCACCCUCACCCAAAUGCUACCCCUGUCCGAAAUGUGGCCACGCAGCAGGUCGCCCAGCGCACCCCCGGUCCUGCCACUGCCCACUAUACUCUAGCCCCUCCUAGAACACCCAGCUCCACCCCCAACCAAGCCCAGCCCCCGGUCCCAAUCCUCAAAAUAGUGCAGCCUCCUCCGCCUUGCACUGAGCAGCCAGCUCCAGCAGAGGCAACGACGUCAUGUUCUACUUCCAAGCCGGCAGCCCAUGAAAGCACCAGCAAAGACACUAGCAUCACAACCACUACUGUCACACCAACUGCCAGCACCAGUCAGACUCCAGUUGUAACAAAGGGAAAACCCAGUGCUGCUCCGAAAGCCCAGCCUCCUCCAAAGAUGAAGCCUCGUCCAGUUCCCCGCUCUCCUUUUUACAUGCCAUCACUGGCAGAAGCCCUCAAGAAGCAGCGUGAGAACAAACUGGAUUUCAUUUUCCGGGUCAACGAGCGUCACUCUGCCGCAAAGCCAGUGUUCGGCAAGGAGGUUUUGAAUUUCUUGACGUUCUUGCCUGGGCCCCGGCCUUCGCCUGCCUCCCCACGUGCCACAGUGGCCGAGUGGGGACGCUCAGGCCACGGCAGCUGUCUUGUGUCACAGUGGCGACACAGGCUCGACUUGUGGUGUCACAGUCAUUCGGUGGGAAACGCUAUUCACAGCAUUGAAGAAAGGUUGAUGCUGCUAUCUGACAUCGUGGAUCGGUUUACAUUUGCCAUCCCGCCAGUGGAGGCCUCUCGCGUCACCAUGCACUGCUGCCAUCCUCCUCCCUCUCAGAGCCACAAGGAGGCGUUGUUCUCCUCUGCCUUGUCAACCCACAUAGCACCGCUUACUCGCAGCCUCCAUCGCAUCCAGUGCAAUAUGAGGACCCAGUUCCCAGAUCUCAGGCUAAUCCAGUAUGAUUGUGGGAAGUUGCAAACCUUGCACCUGCUUUUACGAAACCUGAAGACUGGCGGCCAUCGAGUGCUUAUCUUCACACAGAUGACACGCAUGUUGGAUGUCUUGGAACAAUUCCUUAAUUAUCACGGGCACAUCUACCUGCGGCUGGAUGGAAGCACCCGGGUAGAGCAAAGACAGGCCCUGAUGGAGCGCUUCAAUGCCGAUCGGAGAAUAUUCUGCUUCAUUUUGUCAACUCGAAGCGGCGGAGUGGGAGUGAACUUGACGGGUGCCGAUACAGUGGUGUUUUAUGACAGCGACUGGAACCCUACCAUGGACGCUCAAGCCCAGGACCGGUGCCACCGAAUCGGACAGACCAGAGACGUUCAUAUCUACAGGCUAAUCAGCGAACGCACCGUGGAGGAGAACAUUCUGAAGAAAGCCAACCAGAAGAGGAUGCUGGGAGAUAUGGCCAUUGAAGGAGGAAAUUUUACUACUGCCUUCUUCAAGGAGCAAACUAUCCGUGAGCUUUUUGAUGUCAACGAUAGCGAAAAGAGGGAGCCGGCCGUGGAGGUGUCAAUGCCUCACACUGAGGAUGAGGAAGCCAGCAAUAAGCAAAGCACCACUAUUCUGGAGCAGGCCCUUUGUCGUGCAGAGGACGAGGAAGACAUCGUGGCUGCCUCUCAGGCUAAAGCCGAGCAAGUCGCAGAGCUGGCAGAGUUCAAUGAGAACAUUCCAUUGGAUGAUGCAGGCGAGCAGGAAGAAGUGGAGGAGCUUUCAAAGGCAGAGCAGGAAAUAGCUGCUCUGGUGGAACAGCUCACUCCUAUUGAACGCUAUGCCAUGAACUUCCUGGAAGCCUCCUUAGAAGACGUCUGCAAAGAAGAACUGAAACAAGCUGAGGAACAAGUGGAGGCUGCCAGAAAGGGUCUCGACCAGGCCAAAGAGGGAGGCCUCAGGCUGCACGCGUCAUCUGACGAAGAUGAAGUUACAUCUGCUCGAGCUUCCGCAGAGCCCGCUCAGCCUGCUCCCGCACGACGUGGACGUAAACCCAAGCCUAAAGACAAGGUGAAGGUUGUCACCUCGACAAGGAUAAGUGGUCGGUUGCGUGGGGCCUCGCCUGAAAUGGAGCCCGAGCCCACAACACACAGAGAAGUGCCUGAAAGAGCCCGUGCUGGUCUUAGAGGGCGCGCCGCCGCCAAAGACUCUAGUACCCCUUCUCGUACAGACCCUCCAAAGAUCCCAACAACCAGGGUUCCGGAUUCCUCCAAUUGUUCGAAAGCCUCGUUGUCUCCUGCCAGAGACCAGCAGGCCAACAUAAUCAAGCCUCAGGCUGCCAGUCCAGUGGCUUCUUCUCCAUUAACGUUACCCACUGGAGGGAAGCAGCAGAGCGUGGCUGAGAUGGAGAGCAAAACCCCCAAGAGAGGCAAAGAGGACAGCAGGAUGCCAGAGUCCUCGCGAGAAUCUGUCUGUCCAGCGGACCAUGAAGUAAAAGAUGAUGAGGCUAAAGACCAAAGUGCCAUGUCUCCACCCUCCACCAGCUGUCGCUCACCUCGCAAGCGCCAAUCAGCCGACGGAGAAGUCCUGAAAGGUCUGGUUGACGAUUCGCCUUUAGCAAAAGUCUUGCGAAAACUUCCGGGUCGGCUCGUCACUGUAGUGGAAGAGAAGGAGCCAAGGAAGAAAAGGAGUCGAAGUAGUGGAGCAGGAGCUACUUCAGAGGAGGUGUCCGUGGAGGAGAACUCAAGCGAGGAGCUAAAUAAAGAUGCUCAGUCUUCGGUUGCUGACAGCAGCUCUACGGACCCAUUGACCAAAUCUUCUCAAGACCAAGACUCCAUCCAGAGUCCACCUGUGAACUUUCAGCCAGUCAGAGCUUAUCCUCCAUAUUCCCCUCCCCAUCUAUCUCCCGACAUGCCCGUACUGAGAAAUCUUCCUGUCCGCCGCAGACUUGAAACUGAAUCUCGUAUGGCAGCUCAGCUUGGAGAGCAGCUGCAGCUUCGAGGGAAGAAUCAGCACAAGAAAACAGACACGCCAGUGGGCAAAGAGACCUCUGCGGCUUCUUCUGAGGGCAAUGCCAAUUCCCCCGAGACGCCCACGAAAAGAAAAAGGGGCCGGCCCCCUAAGUGUCCACUCAAGGUCCCUGAUCUCAACGCGGCGUCUCCUCCUCCCACGCAACCUAUCUCACCAUGUGAGGACGGAAGCCUUUCCCCAAAACGCAAGCGGGGUCGUCCACGUAAAGACUCUACGUCGUCUCCAGACUUUGUUUUUGAUGGACUCAAAUCUAAAAAAGAAAGUCCUGCUUUGGAUGUAUCCAGUGAAUCCAAUCCUGAUGUUCGUGAAGAUACACUGAAAUCAGAGGAAACAGUUCAGAACAUCCUGCCUACCAAAGCCGAAGGAACUAACUCAAAGACCGCAGACUCUGAAGCGCCGACAACUAACACUAAUAAAACAUCCUAUUCUGUAUCAACUUCAGCAGUCCAAGCAGAUGAUAAAGCAGAGCCUCCAGGGGCCUCCCCUAGUUCUAUCUUUGUCCCAUCCUCUGACCAAGACACCACGUUGGAAACGCAACACCAGAUACCUACUGUGCAAAACCCUGAAAGUGUGACAAGUCUAUCUCAAUCUGUCAUCGACACCUUGUCACCUCCUCUAGCACCAGAUCUUUCUAGACCAUCUGAUUCUCUAUCUGAGGCAUCAACAGAGCAGGACUCUACCAAAACGAAUUCUAGUGCCCCAAUAGCUGCUUGCUCGCCAUCUCCACCAACAUCAGAACAGGACAGAACAAUCCCAUCAGCAGUGGAGAUCAUAGAGUCGCCCGUAGAACUUCCUGCUGAACCAAGUGCUGUUUCUCCUCUGUCAACCGACACUACGCAACCCUCCAACCACGAUUCAGUCAACUCCUCAAGUUCAGUGGAAGCGCCUUCUAAAAAGACUGAGCCAGUCCAAUCUGAGCCACUGGUGAACGCAAUAUCUCCGACACCUUCUCCCACCUUAACACCCACCUUAGCGUCAACACUCAGCAAACCAGUCACAGCCACAGAAUCCAGUGCCGCCUCCGAUGAACCCACCUCUGUUGCUUCACCCAACAAAGUUUCUGAACUAAUCACUCCAUCUUCUACCACAAGUAGCACAACAACCACGGAAGUACCAACGAGCUGGCCCCAAACGGAAGUAUCGACUGCAUCAGCCAUGACUGCACGUGUUCCCAUAACGCUAACAGAAAACUCAAGUGCGGAUGAAUCCUCCUUGAAAGAGUCCAUAAAGAUCCCCUCAAAUACAGUGUCAAACCCACCGGCAUCUGAAAAGGGUCUGAGCCAGACAAACCAGAUGGAAGUAGACUGUGUUCAAGUUAAUGAGGACAUGCACCUGGACACCAAACGAAGAAAGGUGGAGAUUUCCGCUGAGGGCCAGCCUGUCGUGAAUGAAAACCAAGUGGCAAAGGGGGACAAAAGUGACUCUCAUCCUGAGCAGGAAAUCAAACCACCGAGAGAGGAGACUCUCGUGCAGAAAAGAGCUCUCAGUCGUCAGAGCAGCCAAGAGUCUGCUCGCUCAUCGUCGCCCUCGUCCGGUUGCUCCACGUCCACCCUUACUCGUCACGCCCACCAUAAGAAGACGUACGAAAACAGGCAUCCUACUAAAAAACGGCGCGUGGACGUCACCUUGGACGAGGCAAUAGCGGACAAACCGGAAGAGGAUGGAAGCCAGAAGGACAGCAGUGCCAAGUUGUCUCAACAGAGUUCUGCUUCAGGGUCUUCCUCGUCCUCUUGCGACUCAGACAAUGAUAAGAGGGGGAUGUUGCAUGGUUUGAUUCAGCAGCUGCAAGACCAUGACCAAAACCAAGAUGAAGUUAGGGAGCAGAGUAACAGACGUCGGGGAAGAACGCAUGCUCUCAGCUCCGAAAGUAACACCAAUACAUCAACCGGUGGCGACUCUGGCAGCGACACGUCGUCUGUGAGAAUCACCAGGCGAGUAGCAGGCUCUUCCAAAGACAAGAGAGCUCCUGCUAACCGCACACCCCCAAGGCCACCCGAGCCCGAAGUCCUGGGGAAGCGGUGUUCAGCACUAAAUGCGGCCGCUAAGCUUCUCGCCAUGAAAGGAAGGGUGGACACCCCUGGUCAUACGCCCCGCAAGGACCACGCUUCUAAAACCGGAGGGAACGCUGCUGCAUCGUCAGCGUCCCUUGACCAAAAAUCUAAAAAUAAAAAUGAGCCGGUUUCUCCUCAGAACAAUUCUGUUACCAAAAAUAAAAGUGAGUGCAAACCCUUGACGCCCAUUACGGCGAGUCGCCCAGUGUCUCGUUCUACCAGGCAGUGCCCGGGGUCCCUCGCGCCUCCCCUGGAGGGACCUGAGUACAGACGGUCCAAAGCUGAGGAAAAGAAUAAGGCGGCAAAUAUGAGCGACAAGGAGGCGACGCAGGGCCUGAGCACCUGCAGCAGUGACGGUGACAUAGAUGGCGGAAAGUCUGACGGUGGGGUGGACUACAGUGCCGGAGGGACGGACAGUGGGCGUCCCCACAGUAGCCGGAGUCGAAGCAGCAGCGACAGCAGCCGGCGGGCCCGCAGUGUCAGCUCACAGAACACUGACCGCAAAGGGGCCAGCUCUCGUGCGGCUUCCUCGGGCAGCGACCAAGACCGCAGUGCCGAGCGGGGCGCCGAGGACCAGCAGGACUCCCGAAAAGGCGCCCGCAGGUCUCGAAAGCUGAUUCAGGAAGCGGCGGGUACUCCGGGGGCAGAGGGCACACCGGACCGCAUCCUGAGGAGCGUGGCGGCAGCGGCGGCCGUUCAGGCCCGGUCCCCGGCGGCCAGCACGCGUUCCUCAGCCAACCAACAACGCCACAACAAGACAUGAGCGCCAAACCAUUGAAGCGUGAGGUGUCGUAACAUAGCGCUCCGGACCUUCGGGGUUACCGCACGAGCCCAGGGACCUCCCGGCAUCUUGGGCCCCCUCCCCCUCCUUAACACACGCAGCUGGCCGGGGGGCGGCUCAGGGGGGCCGGACUGGGUAGAAGAGAUCCACGUGAGAGCAGGCUGAGGCUGGGCGGCCGAGUGGAGGUAAAGCAGAUACGUGGUGGACUGACAUCCUUUCAGGACUCAAGAGGAGUCUUGCAAAGAUCGCUGCUAGCUGGAGCUUCUUUGCUUUCUCUUGGUUCUUCUUAUUUGCACAUCUCACUUCUUUUUUCUUUCUUCCAUCAUCGGUUCAUCACAUCACAACAACGAUGCGAUGCGGUCCCAGCGGCCCCCGAGACGAAGUUACUGUAGUGUUUCUAGUGUAUCAGUGCCUCUUGAAAGGGUUCGGACCUGACCUUGCCUUGUGAAGCACUUGAUUCUGGAGUGUUGAGCUUCUCUUCAGUGCUGUGAAGAAAAGUGCGCCCCCCGUUACUACCACCAAAAAAGAAAAAAUGAACGAUCAAGGAACUCUGAUUUUGUGCUACCAAAUUGUUUUACGUAUUACGUCUUUGUUCUGUAAAAUAUUAACGGGGACAGAAUAUCUGUAUGGUCCACCGAAGUUGACCAGCAUUGAAUUUAAUUUAGGUGCGGGAUUGAAGGUGGUUGGGGCAGCUGGUGGCUCUUCCGAUUCUGGUGAUGGUCUUUUUUUUUUUUUGUUUUUUUUUUUUUUUUUUUUUUUUUUU